GAAAAAAAGCAGAGCAACUUAUUGAGCGACUUUUUUUUUAAUUCGUCACGGCGCGCGCGCGCAAUUGCAGCCCGAACGGUGAACUCGCACAGACACCGAUCUGGUGCUCACGCGCGGAUCGAUCACGCCUCCGGUUGUGUGCAUGAUGCAUAUUUGAUGCAGGGUGGAGGGAGAGGAGGCGUCAUUCCGACAAAUCCGAGCUGGCGGAGAGACGCUCGCGCUCCCCGUCUUCUCUACUCCCUCCUUCUGCUGCUCGUGAUUUUUUCUUUCCUUUUUUUUUUUUUUUUUCUUCUUAUUAGAUUGAUGUGUUUCUUGUUUGUUGCGGGAUCGGGAGAGCUCGAGCACGAACCCGCGCCGCUCUUUUCAGCGGGAUGUGGCACUUGAUGCAACCUGGCACAGUGAAGAAGUGUAGUCCGCGCGGAUGCACGCGCUCCGUGUCCCGCUGCGCUUUUUAACCGCGUUUGAAUUCGCAACGCAUAGUAGUAGUUUUCUCUAACAGUAUUCUUUUUCUAUUUUUUCUGAAUGAUUGCGUUUCCUGGGAUUACGCAGGUGCAUCGGUGAUUCGGUAAAGAUCGCGUCUCUGCGUCAGCAGCGCGGUUGAGGAUUUUUUUUCAGCUCCGUGUGGAACAACCCCGCGCGCUUUGGAGCGUUUAUUGGAUGCGCGCUGGUGCGUCGGUUUCCCCGAAUAUACACGCCGUGCUUUCAAGCAAAAAAACAAAACAAAGGUACCGAAAGCUGCUUUUAUCUUAAAAGAGUAAAGAGCUGGUGAUGUGGACGAGCAACAAGCGGCGCGCGGAGAUGUUGAGAUGCUGAGACGCUGCUCGCGCGCACAUUCGGCGUGAGCGACGCCUCCGUCCGUUUGCGCACCGAAAUUCUUGGGAGAAAAACUAGACCUUUUUUUUUUCUUUUCAAAGAAUGGAAAUGCCUAGGAGUGCAAAGGACUUCCUUUGCAAGCAAGUCGUUAUCUAAGUGCGUUUAUAUAUUGCUUUAUUUUUGUUUUAUUUUCUUCUCCCAAUUCCUGAAACCUAAGUUGAGAACAUGAUGAGCGUGCGCGUCUCGAGCCGUUAUUUUCCCUGGAAAAUGUUGUGGAUGCUGAGCGCUCUGACGGACCUGGCGCUCUCGCAGGAAACCUACGCGGCGCACUCGAUCCGACUCGAGGGCGACCUGACCCUUGGGGGCUUGUUUCCGGUGCACGCGCGCGGCGUCGGCGGCGAGCCGUGCGGCGACGUGAAGGAGAACGGCAUCCACCGGCUCGAGGCCAUGUUAUACGCGCUUGACCAGAUCAACGCCGACGACGAGCUGCUGCCCAACAUUACGCUGGGCGCGCGCGUCCUCGACACGUGCUCGCGCGACACCUACGCGCUCGAGCAGUCGCUCACGUUCGUGCAGGCCCUCGUCCAGAAGGACACGUCGGACGUCCGGUGCACGAACGGCGAGCCGCCCGUGUUUGUCAAGCCCGAGAAAGUGGUCGGUGUCAUCGGGGCUUCGGCGAGCUCCGUGUCCAUCAUGGUGGCCAACAUUCUGCGCCUUUUCCAGAUUCCUCAGAUCAGCUAUGCCUCCACAGCUCCAGAGUUGAGUGACGAUCGACGCUAUGACUUCUUUUCACGUGUGGUUCCACCAGACUCAUUCCAGGCUCAGGCCAUGGUGGACAUUGUGAAGGCUAUGGGCUGGAAUUACGUCUCAACCAUAGCCUCAGAAGGCAGUUAUGGAGAGAAGGGAGUGGAGGCCUUCAUGCAGAUCUCACGAGAAGCCGGUGGAAUAUGCAUUGCUCAGUCCCUGAAGAUUCCACACGACCGCAAGCAAGCUGAUUUCGACAAGAUUAUCCGGCUGCUUCUUGACACCCGUCAAGCACGAGCAGUGAUUAUGUUUGCUUAUGAUGAAGACAUUCGGGAGAUUCUUAAUGCCAGUAAAAGAGCAGACCAAGUGGGGCAUUUCUUAUGGAUUGGAUCUGACAGCUGGGGGGCGAAGAACAGCCCAAUUCAUGGCCUCGAGGAUGCAGCAAUGGGAGCCAUCACCAUUUUACCGAAACGAGCCACUGUAACUGGGUUUGAUAUCUACUUUACCUCCCGUACGCUGGAAAACAACAGGAGAAACGUGUGGUUUGCAGAGUACUGGGAGGAGAACUUCAACUGCAAGCUCAUGAGCUCCUCUAAGAAAGAAGACACCAGUAGAAAGUGCACAGGCCAGGAACGGAUAGCGAUCGACUCCAAGUACGAGCAGGAGGGGAAAGUGCAGUUUGUGAUUGAUGCAGUGUAUGCCAUGGCACACGCGCUACACAACAUGCACAAAGAUUUGUGCCCUGAGCAGUCAGGCAUCUGCGCUGAGAUGGAAUCUGCAGGUGGCAAGAAGCUGCUCAAAUACAUCCGCAACAUCAACUUCAACGGAAGUGCUGGAACUUCUGUGACGUUCAACCAGAAUGGAGAUGCACCAGGACGCUAUGAUCUCUUCCAGUACCAGGUCAACAAUAACAGCUCUCCGGGAUAUAAAGUGAUUGGACAGUGGACAGAAUCGCUUCAGCUUAACAUGGAGGACAUGCAGUGGCCCAGUGGUGAUACCGAAAUCCCAGGCUCCAUCUGUAGCCUGCCAUGUAAAACUGGCCAGCGGAAGAAGACAGUUAAAGGGAUGCCAUGUUGCUGGCACUGUGAGCCGUGCGACGGCUACCAGUACCAGUAUGACGAAACGACAUGCAAGCUGUGCGCCUACAACAUGCGGCCCAAUGCCAACCGAACCGGAUGCCAGCCCAUCCCGAUCGUCAAGCUGGAGUGGCAUUCUCCCUGGGCAGUCAUCCCUGUCUUUUUAGCAAUGCUCGGCAUUGUGGCCACAAUCUUCGUCAUGGCUACGUUCGUCCGCUACAACGACACACCCAUCGUGAGGGCGUCAGGACGGGAACUCAGUUAUGUGCUCCUGACUGGGAUCUUUCUAUGUUACAUCAUAACAUUUGUGAUGAUCGCCAAACCCGAUGCAGCUGUCUGUUCGUUUAGGCGCAUUUUCCUCGGCUUGGGGAUGUGCAUCAGCUACGCCGCACUGCUGACCAAGACCAAUCGAAUUUAUCGCAUCUUCGAAGAGGGAAAGAAGUCGGUGACACCACCACGUCUGAUCAGUCCGACAUCGCAGCUGGCAAUAACGUCAAGCCUCAUUUCCAUGCAGCUUCUUGGCGUCUUCAUAUGGUUUGGGGUGGAUCCUCCGAACACAAUAAUUGAUUAUGACUAACUG